AUGGAAUCGAAGUAUGCCGCUCUCCUUGCUCUGGCCGCCGUUGUGGUCCUGGUGCAGCCUCCCUUCUGCGCAUGCGCCAUGAACGAGGACCUGCUCCUGAGCUUCUCGAAGUCAGAGAUCGUGAGCGACGUCAUAGCGGCGGUCCCCGAACGCGCGCUCAACGUCAGCUACCCCGGCGGUGCGACUGUCAACUUGGGCAACAUUCUCACGCCUGCGCUGACGGCUCACGCGCCCGACGUCAACGUUGUUGGAGACCCAGGCCACUGGUACACAGUGAUUCUGUUAGACCCGGACGCGCCGUCCAAGAGUGAUCCUAAGAUGCGUCACUGGCUCCACUGGCUGGUGGUGAACGUGCCGCACAACGACACCACCACGCUGAUGAAGUACGCCGGCCCGACUCCGCCUCCAGGCUCCGGCAGGCACAGAUACGUGUUCCUCGCAUACGAACAGAAGCAGCCGGUCGCGCGCAACGCUAUGAGUGGCUUCGGCAAGGAAAGGGCGAAGUUCAACCUCGCGGCGUUCCUCGAAGCUCUCGGCGUCAAUCAACUGGUGGCCGCCAACUUCUUCUACGCCGAGAACAAGUAG